CUCUCCAUUUUUUCAUAUUUUCCGUUUGUUCAACAGUCGGCAUCGAUAGCGACACCCCACAACCCAACCCCUCACCCUUUUCAAAAAGCUCUCCGCUCCGCUCCUCUCUCUUUUUUUCUCUUCAAUUCUUUCCAUUCUUUUCGAUUCUUUUCUCUGUGGGGAAUUAAUUGCUUUCAGUCCACGCCUCCAUAGCCAGCUUCUUCACCACAUAUCCGCUCGGAGCCGCCGCCGUUAUCGCCGUUGUUGUUUGACGUCUGAACUUGAUACCUAAAGGGUUUUGAUCGUGUUGUUGGGGUUUUCUUGAUCUUGAAUUUUCCGGUAGUAUAGCGGUUUGUAUUGGAUGGCUUGCAAAAACGGCGAAUUUGAGAACCCUAAGAUGAAGGGCGGCUCGUAUUUCAACCGCUCCAUGACGAUACAUCACGGCGGCGGCUCCGCCGCCGCCGUGAAGCCGUCCGUGGAGCGGCUCGGCUCGUUUAAGCAGCUGCCGGGAUCGUCGGCGUUCGAAGCCAUGGUUUCCGUGGCCGGGAGUUCUAUAAAGGGGAAAGUGAAACAACUUUGCUCUCUCUUCGAGUACCAGAAAUCCCCACGCGCCGCCAAUUCAGUCUCCCUGCCGCUGCCGUCCCCCACCAAGGCCGCCGCCGCCGCGGCGAAAUUGCCGAAUUCCGAUUCUUCUAGGGCUUUCCAAUUUCGGCUCCCGGGGACGGAGGACAGAGUGGUAAUUUACUUCACGAGCCUCCGAGGAAUCCGGAGAACGUUCGAGGAUUGUUACACUGUUAGAAUGAUCCUUAAAAGCUUCAGAGUCCACGUGGACGAGAGGGACAUUUCCAUGGACAGUGCAUACAAGAAGGAAUUACAGAGCAUUCUUGGCUCCAAAAAUGUUACUUUGCCGCAGGUUUUCAUCAAAGGAAACUACAUUGGCGGCGCCGAAGUGAUCAAGCAAAUGAAUGAAGUGGGAGAGCUCUCCAGAUUGCUUCGAGGGCUCCCCAUUCGGCCCCCGGGAUUCGUGUGUAAAGGCUGCGGGGAUGCACGGUUCAUUCCUUGCUCAAAUUGCAAUGGGAGCAGGAAACUGUUCGAUGAGGACGAAGAACAGCUGAGGAGGUGCCCGGAUUGCAAUGAGAAUGGCCUCAUUCGCUGUCCUCUUUGCUGCGGUUGAUCCUCAUAGUCUCGUGAGUCAUUCAUCUCGUUAUGGUGUGCUCCUUAGUUUUUGGUAUCAGUAAAAAUCGAAUAGGCUUUACAUCGAAGACUAUAUAUUAUGGUUAUGGCGUGUUAAGUGAUGUACAUAUUGCGUGUGGAGGUUUGUGUUCCCGGGUGACAACUCGUUAACCCAAUGGUUUGUAAAGGUUGGCACCUACUUGGAGUGGGUGUUUGGUCUUAAGAACGAUUAAAACCUAUUACAAAAUUCGAAAAGAGAAUAAAAAAAGCAGAUUUCGAUGCUUCAUUUGUUUA